AUGAGAAUACAACGAUCACGCAUUGGUUCAACUCUGCAAUACAAAUACCCCAGAACCUUAGCAAAAACUCGUGACACCAACGGAAGCAAAAUAAUCAGAUCCGUCAGCGAUUCUAAACCCUCGAUCGAUUCGAUACGAUACGAUAGAUACGAUGGACUUCCGAGGAGCCGAGCCGACGAGGAGGCAUCAUCGGCAGCCAGACGGCGGCGUAGUCUCCGGUGCCCAAGGGCUGGCGGCGCUAUCCGCCAGCCUCGCGCGGGCCCUGGCCGACAAGCACGCAAACAGCAACCUGGUCUUCUCGCCGCUGUCCAUCUACACCGCGCUCGCGCUCGUGGCCGCCGGCGCCCGCGGCGCCACCCUGACGAGAUCCUCCGCGUCCUCGGCGUGCCAUCCCGCGGCGAGCUCGACGCGUUCGUCGCGCGCGCGGCGGGGACCGCGCUGCAGGACCAGUCGGGCUCCGGCGGCCCGGGCGUGGCGUUCGCGUGCGGCGUCUGGAGCGACAUGGCGUGCCCGCUGAAGCCCGGGUUCCGCUGGGCCGUCGUCGACGGCGCGUACGGUGCCGAGGCCUCCACCGUCAACUUCCGCGGCGACCCCGAGGGGUCGCGCCAGCUGAUCAACGCGUGGGCGGCGCGCGCCACCAACAACCUGAUCGAGUCCGUGCUCGGCUGGAACUCGGUGAACGAGAACACGCGCGUCGUGCUCGGCAACGCCAUCUACUUCAAGGGCAAGUGGGAUCAGCCCUUCCACAAGAGCGACACCGCCGACGCGUCGUUCCGCCGGGCCGGCGGCGCCGGCGCCGUCGACGUGCCCUUCAUGCAGAGCAGGAAGAGGCAGUUCGUGGCUGUGCACGAGGGGUUCAAGGUGCUCAAGCUCGAGUACAAGAUGGGGGAAUUCUCCAUGUGCAUCUUCCUCCCGGACGCCGACGACGGCCUGCGCAGCCUGCUCGACGCGAUUGCUUCCCGGCGGGGAUUCUUGCACGAGCACCUGCCUGCUCACAAGGUGGACGUCGGUGAGUUCAAGGUGCCCAGGUUCAAGCUCUCCUUCCACGACAGCGUCGUCGGCGUCCUCAACAAGCUGGGCCUCCGCCUGCCGUUCAGCGAGGCGGCCGACCUGUCCGACAUGACGGAGGACGACCGCUCCGGCCUCCCGCUGAUCCUUAGCGAGGUCGUCCACAUAGCGGUCAUCGAGGUGAACGAGGAGGGCACCAGGGCCGCGGCCGCCACCAUGUGUCUUAUGGAGGAGGGGUGCGCUGCCAGGCCGAGGCAACCGCCACCGGUGGUGGAUUUUGUCUCCGAUCAUCCGUUUGCCUACUUCAUUGUGGACGAGGGGACCGGCGCCGUCGUCUUCGCCGGCCAUGUCCUCGAUCCCUCGACACAAUAG